AUGGAGGGUGGCGGGGAGCGGCGACGGGGGUCGGCGCCGGUGACCGGAGGUCGGGGCCGGUGGUCGGGUCGGGUCGGCGCCGAAGGGCCAUGUCUGAGGGGGAGGGGGUGGGAGUGGGGACUGUUUCGGGAGGGGAAGGCACGGGCGGGUGUGGGGUCUAGGUCGGGUGUUAGGGCUGGUUCGGUGAGGGGUGGAAGACGGAGGCGAGUGGCGAGAGAGGCUAGGUUGAGGGAGACAAAAUGGGUAAGGUCUAAGGAGAGGGAUGUGGAUUGGUACAAGCCGUGGUACUCAGGGAGUGAGAGGCGUUGGAAUGGAGUGGGCAUCUUAGUGGACGAAAGCUUAGAGGGCAGUGUUUAUGCGUCGCAGGUGGGCUUGGAAGAGAAGGUGAAAGCGAGAUUUUGGGAGACUUUGGAUGAGGUAGUAAGAAGCGUGCCUAGCUCGAAGAAGAUUGUCAUAGCGGGGGACUUCAAUGGACAUAUUAGGGUUUUAGCGGGAGGUUAUGCCGAUUGCAUGAAGAAUGAAAAAGUUAAGAAGAAAGUGAAGAUCAAGAAGAGAGCGUAUGUUAAGUUGAUUGAGAGUAAAGAUGAGGAGGAGAAAAGGGUGAAUAGGGAGGUUUUCAAAGUAGCAAGGAAGGAGGCAAAUUUAGCAGUUACGACUGUUAAGACAGCAACAUUUGAGAGCUUGCUGGCUAAGGUUAGGGAGAGGAAGGAUAGUGACCUCGAUCAAGUGAAGUGCAUUAAGGGGGAGGAUGAUAGAGCUUUGGUGGAGGAUGUUCGCAUUAAGAAGAGGUGGCAGAAAUAUUUUCAUAAACUUUUGAACGAGGAAGGGGACAGAAGCAUUGAGUUAGGAGAGCUGAAGCGCUCGGAGGAAAGCUGUGAUUUCAGUUACUGUAGACGUUUUAAGGUUGAGGAGGUCAGAGAGGCUAUUCGUUAG